CACAAAUGCCUUGUGCACAGGAACCGGCCUAGUAAUGUCCCCCCUUCAUCAAAGAACCAAACACAGCUUAAACCCCCAUUUUAACACCUUCGUCAAAGAAUCAAACACAGUUAAACCCCAUUUUGUUCUUUUUGAAGAAAAUGGGAUCUCAUCUGCUGAAAAACCCAAAAAUAAAAAGAACCCUUUUUACAUCUACUUUCCUUUCUUCGAUUUCGAAAUCAAUUCACCAAAUUCCCCAUUUAACAAAUAACAAUUCAUCAGAUUCGACAGCUAGUACCAGUAGUCUUGGAAGUUCACAGAACACAAGAAACCCUAGAUGGAUACAUCAAAAUUAUCUAGUUUCAUCAUUAAAAAUUCGAUCUUUUAGUUCCCAAGCUGUUACUGAUGAACUUCAAACCACUGAUGGUUUAACAGUUGAUCAAAUCACUGCUAGUCAAUGGCCAAUACUUGAUGAAACAGAAGGUGAUUGGAGAAGUCAUGCUUCUGCUGUUGCUCAAUCUAUUCAGUUGAUCAAAAAGCGUUUACAGUGGAAGAAGUUAGUGAUGAGGCUGCAAAUGCUGACAAUGCAGUUGAAUAAACCUGACCUUUGGGACGAUCCUGUUCAUGCUGGGAAGAUUAGCCGUGAACAUGGUUCACUUAUGGGUAAAAUGAAAGAAGUGAAUGGAUUUGAGAGAGAAUUGCUUGAGCACAUCGAUAUGGUGAAACUUGCCAAGGAAGAGAAUGAUGGAGAGUUGGAAUUGGAAUCCUUAAAAGCUUUACUUAAAAUGAGAAGAAGUGCGAAAGAGAAAGAGCUCAAAGCUAUGUUAGCUGGGGAGCAUGAUCCAUGCUCAUGUUUUAUAGAGGUUCAACCAGGAGCUGGUGGUACAGAAAGCAUGGAUUGGGCUUCAAUGGUCAUGAACAUGUAUAAGAGUUGGGGUCAGCGUCGUGGAUAUGGAGUCACAGUGGUAGAUGAAAUGGCUGGUGAGGUUGCAGGAAUCAAGCGGGCAACAAUUAAAGUAGAUGGUGAAUAUGCUUUUGGAUACGCCAAAGCAGAAGUAGGUACACACAGAUUGGUGCGCAUUUCACCUUUUGACAGUGGGAAACGCCGGCACACUUCUUUCGCUGCUGUGGCUGUAACUCCUAUCUUGGGUGAUGUAUCGGCACAGGUUCAAAUAAAUGAGUCUGAUCUCCGGAUUGAGCGAUUUCGUUCUGGGGGAGCUGGUGGUCAACAUGCUAACACAACUGAUAGUGCCGUCCGAAUAGUUCACAUUCCAACAGGAGUCACUGCCACUUGUCAAAACGAGAGGUCACAACAUCAAAACAAGGCAAUGGCGAUGGCUGUACUUCAAUCCCGAUUAGACCAGCUUGAGAUGGUUCGACAGGCUCAGAUGAAUGCGCAGCAUACACAGUCCCUUACAGAUAACAGUUGGGGCAACCAGAUACGGAGUUAUGUUCUACAUUCUUACCGCAUGGUCAAGGACCUAAGAACAAACUAUGAAGUUUCAGACCCUGACUCGGUUCUCGAUGGGGAUCUUGACGACUUCAUAUUAAGCUACUUAUCUGCUUCCAUGGACAAAGAUGAAGAUGAUAUGUGUUAAGAGUGAGAUUUAUAAACUUCAGAAGACACCACGGUAGUAUUCUAUGAGUAGAUUCAGUCACUGCUAGGUUGCAGGAAACAAAAUCAUGCCUCAAGGGAAAGACGUAUCUUCCCUCAACUUCUUUUUACUAGUAAAAAAGAUAGCUGUGUGAUUACAAUGACAAGAUGUGAUUUUUUUUACUUGUAGAUGAACAAUAAACAAUUUGCAAAUGCCUAUCCAACUCUAUAAUUUAAAUAUCUGUCCAUUGUCUGUAAUUUUUCUUUGAAA